ACAGUAUCAACACCGUUUGUUGAGUCGCUGUCUGCGGAAAAGCGUGCAGAAUUCCGAGACAUCUUCACCAAAAAAAACUUGAACGCAACGGAACGUGCGACCAAACUGAAAGCAUUCCUCGAGACUCUCGAUGAUAAGCAAUUGGUGGCUUAUGAACAUUUCAGAGAUGCUCUCCGAAAUGUUCAAAGCAACGCAACAAAGUUGCCACAUCUUUCGGCUGAAAAUCAACUCCUUCUGAAGAAGUACGAUGCGCUCGAAGAAGAAAAGAAACGUUUAUCGGUCGAUGCUAAACAAGCACAUUUGGUGAUUCUCAUUCGUUGCGAAAGUUUUCUGUAA